CUACUUUCCAAUCCUUCACCACAACCACAACUCCUACCUCUUAUCACCACCACACCCACUAUUCAACCAUCUCAAAAAAUCUUCCCUCCGAAAUCUCAAUAAAACCAACUAACAACCUCCCAGCUUACCUCGCUUUACCUACCCAAAAAAAACCAUCAACAUGUCCUCCUCCACCCCUUCCGCCCCCGCGGCCUUCCAAAAAGGCAACACGGCCCUCAUAACAGGCGGCGCCUCCGGCAUCGGUCUCGCCCUCGCCAAACGUCUUUUGUCUUACGGCCUCCGCGUUCUCGUCGCCGACAAAGACAUCUCCUCUCUCUCCUCCCUCUCCUCCUCCCCCGACCUCCUCACUUUCGAAAUGGACGUCAGCAACCUCGAAUCCUGGACCCGUCUCAAGUCCCAUAUCGACGACGUCUUUCACGGGCAACUCAACGUCCUCGCCUUGAACGCUGGUAGAUACAUUCCUACGUCUUUCAGUAACCCGGACCCGACGAACUUUUACGAAACCAUGCAGACGAAUCUAUUUGGCGUGAUUAAUGGGGUUACUACCCUUUUGCCCUUGGUUCAGGCGACUGCAAAAGAAGAUGGGAAGGGGAAGAAGGGUGCAAAGGGUGCGGUGAUUAUCACGGGAUCCAAGCAGGGAAUCACCAACCCCCCUGCGAACCCGGCGUAUAAUGCGUCCAAGGCCGCUGUCAGGUCGCUUGCGGAGCAUUUGUCGUUUGAUUUGGCCAAGGAGCAUCCGAAUGUUUCGGUGCACUUGUUGGUUCCCGGGUGGACGUUUACGGGCAUGACGGGCGCUGCUACAUCGGGAGCACAGAAGGAAAAGCCGAAGGGGGCGUGGUGGCCGGAGCAGGUGGUGGAUUACUUGGAGGAAAAGAUGAAGGAGGGUAAGUUUUAUGCGAUUUGUCCGGAUAAUGAUGUGACGGAGGACAUGGACAAGCGGAGGAUGGUGUGGGCUAUGGGGGAUGUGGUGGAGAAUCGGCCGCCGUUGACGAGGUGGAGGCCCGAGUGGAAGGAGAAGGCCGAGGAGGGGAUCAACAAGUUGGAUGUUUGAGUGUCACCAUACAUGGCAUGGAGGCUCAACGAGUGAAAGUUUCUGAGAGAAUAGUGUAUUGCUAUCAACUACAGUCCGACAGACGAAGAUGUGCCUCACCAUCAAACCUCCAAUAUCAUCGAUUGCUC